AUGUUACUUACCGGUUUAGUGACACGAGUUGACUUUUUUUUCAUUUCUUUUAUCGCAUACAAGACGAAUUUUUCUACUUUUCUUUUCACUCAGCUCGUUCGCCUCAAGGUAAACAAGUUGUUACUUAAAGAAAAUGUUGCUUGUGACUUGGUCUUUUUUUUUUCUCUCUUUGGCCAUAAACGUCUUCUAUCUUUAGUUUCUAUGGUUGCAAGAAGAGGCGUUAAAAACCUGAAUAUAGGAGCUUUUCUCAUCCCAUAUUUUAUUUGUGUAAUCGUCGGAGGAGUACCAUUAUUUUACCUGGAAGUCGCUGUCGGUCAGUUUACGGGAACAUCUGGCCUUAAUGCCUGGAGAUUAUGUCCAAUCCUUCAAGGAAUUGGCGUUGCGUCGCUCAUUAUUGUGAUCCUCUUGAACAUCUACUACAACAUCAUCCUGAUGUGGAGCUUCCGUUAUAUGUUUGCUUCGUUUACGACGGGUACCCUGCCGUGGGCCAAGUGCGGUCAAGUAUGGAAUACCUGCAACUGUCAGUUGUCCAACAAAGCCUCGAACAUGACAGUGGCCUCCGAGGCUUGCAACAUCAGCGUCUCAGUUGACAACAAGACCGCAGAGAGAAUGUUUGACUCUGUCACAGAAUAUUGGGAACGAGAGGUUUUAAGAAUCUCCUCGGGUGUGGAUAAUAUGGGAUCGUUCAAAUGGGAUUUAGUCCUUUGUCUGCUGUUAGCUUGGAUCCUCGUUUACGUGUGCAUUUGCAAAGGCAUCAAAUCAUCCGGAAAGGUUAUGUAUGUCACGGCAACAUCACCUUACCUUUUUAUGUUGAUUCUACUUAUUAACGGAGCUCUCCUACCCGGUGCCAAGGAAGGAUUUAUUUAUUACUUGAAACCAAAUUUUGAGAGACUCAAAGAAUUGGAUGUAUGGGUAGAUGCCGGAACGCAAAUCUUUUUUUCGUAUUCAAUCUCCCUCGGUGCCCUUACAGCCCUGGGAAGCUACAAUCUUUUCAAACAUAACUCUUACAGGGACAGCAUCAUUUUUGCCUGUACGAACAGCGGCACCAGCCUUUUGGCUGGACUUAUCACCUUCCCAGUGCUGGGCUACAUGGCCCACAUGCAAAACAAAACAAUUGAUGAUGUCGUCGAGAAAGGUCCUGGUCUGGCUUUUAUUGCUUACCCACAAGCCGUUGCCACAAUGCCGGCGGCGCCCCUCUUCUCUGUUCUGUUUUUUAUUAUGAUCAUUUUGCUGGGAAUGGACAGUCAAUUUGUUGGAGUGGAAGCUGUUAUCACGGUCUUUGUGGAUAUGUUCCCUCAGUAUUUGCGACGUGGAUACAGGAAAGAAAUUUUUAUUGCUGUUGUUUGUUUCAUUUCCUUCUUGUUUGGGCUUCCCAUGUGUAUGGAGGGUGGAAUGUAUGUCUUUCAACUAUUUGAUUAUUAUGCAGCCAGUCGAAUCCUUUUGCUAGUUGCUUUAUUGAAUGUAUCGCAGUUGCCUGGAUAUACGGUGUAA